UCUCUCUCACACACACACACACACAAACAGGCAUGGAGGAAUAUUAACCUGUCACGCAUCAUGAACGGAUUUACUCUGUAACUCGAGCAAACCGCGAGAAACUAAGAACAGGAAUAAGGUUUAUGUGGCGCGGAAAACCCGAGCACGCCAGUUACUGACCAAGAAAAAAAACCCACACCAACAACACGCCACAACCGAACACUGGACUGAUAUCUACACAUUACCAAACUACUGUUUCACAGACACUUUUAGUCAUGGCCCGGCCACAGCCGGACAGUAGGGUGGACGGUCAGAGCCCUGCGCAGCCACAGACCUGCAGAAUGGAGGUGCUGCGUCGGGAUGCCUGGCCCAGCGGAGGUACACAGCAGGUUCUGCAGUCCAGACAACGAUGCAGGACUGUGGCUACUCAGACCAGCACUGUAACAGCACCCGUUAUCUCCACACAGGACACUGUGAGCAUGGCCAGUUCCCCCCAACAGGAAGGUCCACUCAGAGAUAGCUCAGGAACCGGGCAGGAGAGGUUGUAUCCCAACAGGAGGCAGCAGCCCUUGCCCGAUCUCCUUCCCGAGAGCAGUAGCUCCUCGGCACAAUCAAGCCGCCGAGGCUCUGCGGUUGAUGAGGAGUCCAUGGAGGAGGAACAAGUGGUGGGGAGAGUGGCCAUCCAGCUGAGAACCAUAGGAGACGAGAUGAACGCUGUUUACUUUCAGAGAAUGAAUGAGGGCGCACAGUGGCAGAACUGGAGAGGCCUGUACCGCGGCCUGGUCGCCUUCCUGGCCGACACCAUCAGCACCCUCUACCAGCUCAGAUAAACGGACGGGUAUUUGGCACUGCGGGGGGGCGCCGGCGCUCCCUAAAACAGCCUCUAAUCUACUGCACUGGCUCGGGGACAUUUCUGCAGGCCCAGAAUGCACUGUGGAGUUUUUUUUUGUUGUUUUUUUUGUUCCUGUGGAGAGUUCUCUUGUUUGUGUUGUUUCUCCAUUGUAUAUGUUGUAUAUUAGUUUUUUUCUGUCUCUUUUGGGAGGAGUUUCAUGUAGCAAGUGAAUGAAGUCUGUGUCGGAGUCGGGGCAUGUUAAGGGGGAGAAAUGCUUGUGCCUCUCUAGAUCUGUGAAGCUGUGAAGCACAAUCGGUUGGACGCUUGUUUCUAUUUUUGGAAAUUUCCUUUUAUUUUUGACCAACCUGAAGGCCUGGGUACUCAGAGAAUCUGUGAAGGGUCAACAAAUGUGUCAAAAAAGUGUGUUUAGACAGUGGGCAAUUCACUAAUAUAGAUCAUUCUUUUACUCUCAACCCUGUGUUUACAUUAGCAAGAAACAGAGCAAUAGGCGAUUGAUAUUUUGGGGGGAUUGCAAGUACAAUAUAAAAAAUACAUUAAACAAAGAUAACAUGGCAAUAUCUGUAAAUGUAUACAUUUUGGCAUUUAUCUACUAUCUUUGAUCAGAACUUAAAGAAGCCGGAAGUGUAUGCCCAUACAAGACAAACUGUAAGCGACAUCAGCGCCUUUUGCUUUGCUAGUGUGAAAGCAGGGUCAACACACAUCCAUGACAAGCAUUCAAAACCAAAUGCCAAAAUUCAGUCGAUCUAGGUCUUCAGAAUGCACUAAUUGAAAGGAUGGGUUGUACCUCAGACACUGAAAUGCUGUAUCUGGUCUUAGCUGCCUUACGGAGCAAUACUGCACCACAGCACAGGGAAAAGGGCACUACUAAACAAGACUAUCAAAAUAAGAGACGUUCAGGUGACAGGGACAGGCAGGCCUUUCAAUACCACACACUUCCUCUACAGCGAACCCAGUGUGGUGAAUGUGCCUUACAUCACCCUUUAAAAUCGUACAUGUGCUUGAUUUAGCAGGGGCAGUCAAUGAACGGUGUUUGGGGUGGGGUGGGGUGGGUGGUGGGGUAAAGGGUCAGUGCCUUGGUGCUCCCACCUGUACGUACACUUUGGAACACGACAGUCACCACUCAUUUCAAAGCUUGAUCACCUCCAAUGGAGGCACUAGAAUUGAGGCCGGAAGCCAUGUGGACCCACCAGUCUACAGGCUGUCCAAAUGGCUGGGUAGCAGUGUUAAUAUUCGUAAUGAACUUGUGUGUAAAUAUUUUGGGAGAAAAUGGCAACAGGCAAGAGAUGGAAGGAAUUGGCCGUUCUCAUCCUGGUGUAUCAUGUAUAUUUUGGUGAAACUUUAAAAUACUUAACAGUUCCUUGUUUUUUGUUUGGAAGCUGUAUGUAAGAUUUAUGUUUUCUUGAACUUUGUAUGGACCAAUGCAGGGAGGUUAAACUUAAAUCCAAGAACUAUUUAAAAUGUUCACAAAAGGAUCUACAUUUGGAUAUACGAUUAGUUUAGUUUGUGAAUAUGCCCCCGUACACAUAUUACAAAAAAAUCUAUCAUGAGAAACAAAGGUUAAGCUAUUUAUUUUUCUGUCCUUUCUGAUGCUUGGUCCUUCGUGAGGAGUAGGGAUGAAACUGAUGUAUUUGGUUUAAAAACUAUAAGCUAAUGUUAUAAGCUCAAGUUAUUUUCAUGAAUUAUUUGGAAGUUUCUUUUUUUAUAUCCUAUAAGCAAGGCUUGUAAAGAGCAACCAGAUUGAAUGAGCAUGGAGAUAAAGUUUAGUUCUCUGGGGAUUUUUCUCUUGUAAUAAAACCUACUGUCCAAAUGUCCAAACUCAAAAAAACUACAAAAGAAGUCAGUAGCAAAAUUUAUUUCUGCUGUAAUUUAAUUAUGGUCAUGAUUUUGCUGCAAUAAGAUUAUGGAAGAAACUGAGCCAGACCUUUUUUACUUGAAGACAAACCUUUCAAUAUGUAGAUUCGUUGUCUUUGGACGACGAAUCUCUGGGGCCUUCAACUAGAUUGCUUGCAUGUUGCCAUUGCUCUCACAUGAAGUUCAUAGGCAUGUAUCUAACAAACCACAUAUGCGAUGUCUGUGGGUAAACCAUGUGAAAACUUUGUUAGCACUCUCCUUUUUUGGUCCUUUUUUCACGUGGGUACUGUACUGUAUUUCUGAGCAUACUGAGUACCAGCGGUCUGUCUCAUGACUGCCUGUCUUAUGACUUCCUGUGUAAAGCAGUGGUGUAUACCACUUCCUGUGGACAGUGUGUGGCUUCUUGUGGAUAGGUGUAUUCUCUGAUGCACUCUCUUCCUGAGGGAAAGGCCUUAAGUGUGAACUGUGAACAUCACACUACACUCAAGCUCAUGUCAAUCUCAUUUUCUAGCCUUGUACAUUUGCUGUUUUUGACUUUUUUCUAAUCAAUUUUCUAUAUGAAUUUUGGUAUGUUUUCCCCCUUUGCCUUUUUAAAAUAAAGAGAAAUAUGACAAUAUUUAUGAGUGAUG